GGAGUUCUUUUUGCCCUCCUCGCCUGGUGCCGUCCGUGGCGACUCACAUUCAACCCCCGUUGCAGUAGCAGAGAGAGGCCAAGGAGGAGGAAGACAGAGCAGGAAAUGGAAGCAGUGCCCAAGGAGGAGGAAGAAAAACACACCAAAACACCCUAGUUUUCCCUUCUCGAAUCUCUUCUUCUCUAAUCUUCGCACUUGAGGAAAUCAAACUAGUGGAAGUUUUGGAUUGGGGGAUGUCACUGGAAAGCUAAACUCUCUCCUUUUUCGUUUUCUUUAAUCAGGUGAUUGCGAGGAAGAUCAUGGAGCUGAAGGAGACCUCUGCAAUGAUCAAACGACAUGCUUCGAUGUGGAGUAUCGACGUGCUCAGAUCAUCUCGUGCCCCAAGCAUCCGCGUGGCGCGGUGGAGCCAUUGACGUGGCGGAAGCUGGUGGCGUCGGCAGGCACUGGGAGCGCCGGAGGAGCCGGAAAAGAUCCAUCGAACUCGAAACCCUCGACGACAGCGAUCAAACCAAGAGGACGAGGACUGGCGAGCUCGAGGAUGACUCGAGCACCGGCGAAGAAGAUGAAAAAUACACAAUCGAGGAUUCGUCUCCCGGCUCCAGCUCUUGGUGCAGAGACUACAGUUCAUCGCCAGGGAAGCGCAAUGAACCUAAUCGUUAUGUUGCCGGUGCAAUAGGCAACCCGACGGAGCAGCAGGGGUUUGAAGUCGUGAGCUUUCUCACGUCCUGCGCCGAGUCCAUCGCCUCGGCGAACUGCCUAGCCAUCAACUUUUUCUUAGCUCGACUCGGCGAGACGGCCACCACGACCGGCGCCUCCCCCAUCCACCGAGUCUCCGCCUACUUCACAGAAGCUUUCGCGCUCCGAGCCGUUAAGUUGUUCCCUCGCAUCUUCUCCAUCGCUCCGCCGCGGAGCCUUGUUCACCCUUCGGACGACGAUAACCACGUGGCCUUGCGGAUCCUCGACUGCACCACUCCCAUCCCAAAGUUCCUCCACUUCACCGUCAACGAGAUGCUGUCGAAGGCAUUCGAAGGGCAAGACAGAGUGCAUAUCAUCGAUUUCGACAUCAAGCAAGGUGUUCAGUGGCCAAGCUUGCUCCAGAGCUUGGCUUCCAGGCGUCACCCGCCCACACACGUGCGCAUCACCGGAAUCGGGGAGUCCAGGCAGGAGCUCGCCGACACAGGGCUCAGGCUAUCUCGUCUAGCGGAAUCGAUGGGCCUCGCCUUCGAGUUCCACGCGGUCGUGGACAGGGUGGAGGACGUGAGGCUCUGGAUGCUCCAUGUCAAGAGGGAGGAGUGCGUGGCCAUCAACUGCGUUCUAAUGCUUCACCGGGCGCUCCAUGACGAGACCGGGAAGGCUUUCUCCGACCUUCUUGAGCUCGUCAGGAGCACGAACCCAGCAAUUGUGGUGAUGGCAGAACAAGAAGUGAAGCACAACGAAGCCAAUUGGGGGAGAAGGAUGGCCAGAUCAUUGAAGUACUACACGGCCAUCUUUGAUGCCUUGGAUCACGCUAUGCCCAAGGACAGCCUUGCCAGGAUCAAAGUCGAAGAGAUGUUUGCCAAAGAGAUCAGGAACAUAAUUGCUUGUGAAGGUGAUGAUCGCGUCGAAAGGCACGAAAAUUUCCAGGGCUGGAAGAGGCUAAUGGAGGACGGUGGUUUCAGAAACCUGGGAUUCAGACAAAGAGACAUGCUUCAAAUUCACAUGAUACUGAAGAUGUACAGUUGUAGUGAGAACUACAAGUUGGAGAAACAAGGGGAAGGUGAAGCACUCACUCUCAAGUGGUUGGAUCAGGCUCUCUACACUGUCUCAGCUUGGGUUCCUUCAAAAGUCGCAGGCAGUUCCUCUACUUCUCAAUCAAAUCUGCUGCUGGCUUCUGCAUGAGUUUUUCACAGUUCUUACAGAUUCUUUUAUACCAUUCUUACAGAUACAUUAAUUCUUUAUUCAUUUGUUGUUUAGUCUCAUCGCUUCAAUUGUUGUAAUUUUGAUGCUCAGAACAUACUGUAGUUGCUCGAACUGAAACUGAAAGGUUCUUCAAUUGUUCAAACACAAUUGGUUGUUUACUCUUUACUCUGUAUCUGCAGAAACAAAGUUAAAUGAUUUUUUCCCCCGAAUUCUAUUGA